AUGUCUAUUGGACCUACCAAUUACUCACAAAAGAGCAUACAUCUGGGCUAUCUGCUCACGGAGGGUGCUCCUCUAGAUGUGGAGCGACUCAAGAUACCUCCACCGGCCACAAAGGAGAAGCACAACUUCGCCGAGCUUGAGACUAUUGAUCUCUCCAAACUCGAUGGCGACGAGAAAGCCCAGGCCGAACUGGUUGCCGAUGUCAAGAGAGCCAUCAGAGAAGACGGAUUCCUGUUCUUGGAGAAUUAUGGCAUCAGUCUUGAGCAGCUCCAUCGCCAAUUCUCGAUCGCACACUAUCUUUUCAACAACAUUUCGGAAGAAGAUAAGCAACGUCUCUUGUUUCAUCCCUCUACUGGCAGAUGGGCUGGUUGGAAGCAUGAAUAUGGCUUCAAGAGACACCGUCAACAGAAGGAUGGCAUCAAUCAGUUCAAUUGGUACAAGGAGCAAUGGGAGAACGAGGAGUUGUUGCCCGCAUGCGUUCUACCUUUCAUGGACGAGAUCAGAGCUUUCUCUGAGUAUCUGACCAACUCUGUCAAUCGCCGCUUACUCACACUUUUCUCUCGUGUUCUCGAACUGCCUGACAACUGGCUAUGGGACAACGUCCAGUCCCACGGAUCGCCCUCGGGAGAAGGCUACUUCCGCCAUGCUCUGUUUAGACCAGUCAAUGAAGCGACUCUCGAGAAGUCGAAGAACAUCAGAAUGCAUGGUCACACUGACUUCGGCCUGACAACUCUGCUCUUCUCAGUUCCGAUCUCGUGUCUCCAGAUCUGGGGGAAAGACGAGCAGUGGCAUUACGCUCCUUAUAGACCAGGCGCUCUCGUCAUCAACAUCGGAGAGACUCUAGAGAUUGUUUCGGGUGGCCAUUUCAAAGCCACUAGACACCGUGUGUUCUCUCCUCCGGUCGACCAGCUCCAGGAAGAACGUCUCUCGAUUGUCCAGUUCCAGUCAAGUGUUGGUCAUUUGAGGAUGACUCCUGCUAUCGAGUCACCUCUCAUCCAGCGUGAGGGCUGUGUCGAAGACCAAGGUGUAUACAGAGAGUUCAAGAGAGUCAUGGAUCUCGGGUUCCCAAUCCCGACCAAUCAGCAGUGGCGCGAGAUCCAGAUUGCCGAAGCGACUGAUCCUACUGACGACCAACGCAACAGGAUUGGUGCCGACCAGGUGUUGAUGGAAGGAAGGUUGAUGCAACAGCGAGAGUACAUGGGUGUUAAAGUGCUGCUGCCAGUCUAGUGGAGUGACGACGUCAAGACCUGAGAGUGUCAACUAAUACAUAUACAUCGCGUUCAGUAUUCCCUCAUGCGGCGUGUCGUCAUUUAGACCUCGACGUGUGUUGCUGGUGAAGUAUAAUUCUCUGCUGGACCUCAUCACAGUCUGUAGCUCUGACUGCUGCAAGAAGGCGAAGUCCUACGAUAUUUUGUAUGCUUGUGAAACAAGAAGGUGAGUUUGC